AAGAAGUAGUUUUAUUCUUACAGCUCUGGACAGAAGCUCCAGGUUUGGCCAUUAGCAAUGUUGACCUCAGGCUAUUUGCUGCCUUUGAGGCUUGAUACCAUCUUUUCUGUAAAAACUCAGAGAGGACUCGCUAUUUGCUUUAUCUGCUAUGGGUUUUUCUGGGCAGCACCUGGCGCUUCCAGUGCACAGUGUUAAAUCCUGCCCAGGCUCUUUGCUAACAGGGGAACUUGAACUUUUUUGGGGCACUAGCCCCAUCAGAAACUCAAGGGCUGCUCGGUAAGGAACCUUGGCGGCGCGCGUGGUUCCUCGCCAUCCGAGCCUCUUCCUCUCCCCGCGGCAGAUAAACCAAAAUCCUCCGGCGAGCGGCUGCCCAGGGUGAGUUUGUGCAAGCACCGCCCGUGGGUCCCUCUUGUGAGCCGGCGAGGGGCUGACCGGCCGAGUGGCGGAUGUUGGGGUUAGUGAUUCAGAUGGUGACAGGAAACCAGAAACUGGCUAACGAGCCCCGAAGGAACCGGCUCCAGUGUCGGUGGCUGCAGCUGUGAGAUGCAGGAGGAGAUGGGACAGAUGGGGGAGAGCGGCUGAGGCUGCGGGCUGGAUGUGGCCGGGCCAUGGCGCAGCUGGAGUUGCUGUGGGUGGCUGCUGCGCUGAUGCUGCUCGGGGCCACCGUCAGCCUCUGCCUCAAGUGCCAGCUCUCUGCCACCAAGCGAGAGAAGCAGCCGAGUGGGCGGAGGAGCCAGCUCGAAAGCCAGCAGAGUUUUGAGGUGAUUCGAUCCCAUUCCACUACAACCCAAAGGCUGGAACAAAUUAAGGGACCUGAAAACUUAUCAAUAGCAAGGAAAACCACCGAGGCGCUCAGUGCCUCCCGCCAUGCUGGAUACGGGAGCAGGACCGAGUCCAGGUAUCAGAAUUUCCUGACAGAGGACUGCCUGCGAGGGGACGCUGCCUACGUGGAGCCCAUCUUUCUGGAUUACUACAACUGUGCCGGGUUCUUCACACCACCCAACGAGAAAGAGGAGGAUUCCCAUUCCUAUCAAAACGUCAUCAUUGAGGUGUCUCACAGCUCCGAUCUGGUCACAGAUGAUGCUGUAGACUAUGAGAACAGUGCAGCGAUACACAUAUGGCAACUCCAGGAAGCAGAAGCUCUGCAGACAGAAAGCCCGGAUGAUGAGCCAGACUACGUCAACACAGCCCCUGCCCCUCUGUCAAAGCAAAGUAUUCUGCACAAAGUCUGAAGAAGUCCUUUGCUGAGCUGUAAGAGCACACCCAGCAAGCAUGUGCACAGGGGGAGGGGGUACUUCAAUCCCUCAAUGAAAUCUCUUCUCCAAAUUGUGCCCAAGAUCAUGUAGAAGGGGUGCCGCUGAAAGGAAGAAAUGCUCUGCUUGAAGUCCCAUGAAGUCCAACUGCAAACCUGCAGCUGGAGAAAGCACUCUGCCCGGCAGUGACCACAGGCAAGCCAAGAUCUCGUUAUCCCACCUCAUUUCCCUGCACAUCUACUCGAGGGAGGAUGGCCAGUCCGUGCAGUGUUUUCUCCUGUCAGGCAUGAAAUGAAUCAUUAAAUUGCUGAGCAGUAAUGCAGCCAGCUACUUAAUUUGUCAGGGUGACUCAUGCACAAUGGUAUUAAGACACAGGGAUUAUGUUCCGAUUUAGUUCCUAUGCUCUCCUACAGAAGUGGUUUCCUACAAGAGAGGAACUGGCAAGGCAGAGGUUGCUUUUACAACAGCAGUGGUUCUCUGGAAUUAAAUGAGAUGCCAACCUGUUCACAAAAGCUAAAAAGGAUUAAAUUCCACCUUAUCCACAGCUUGUAAUUCACAGUGUCUCUCUAUGGCAGUUUUCCUUGUGUUUCGGUAUCUCUGUUAUAAUGAUAGAAAGACCCUGCAACAGCUGGGAAGGUCCGAUCCACAGCUGUCAGCCUCGGAAACUGCACCAGUCGUUCAGUAGUGCUGUAGGGAACAGCAGCCCUGAAACGUAACCCUUGUCUCUUGAGCCCUGAUGCACGGGUUUGGCACCAUUGUACCACUUAUUUAUUAAAACUGAAAUGCAUCUAAAGAAAAUGCGGUGGUUUAUUACAGUUUGCUAUGAUGCAGAUGUUGUCUGUGUGGUUGGGUGAGACAGAUUGGGC